AUGCAAAACUACCUGGUGACAUUACCAGCCCAGCUUAACUUCCCCUCCGUUCAGAAGGUGUGUUUGGAUCUGAGCCCUGGGUACUACGAUGUUAAAUUUACAGUUACUCUGGAGACCAAAGACAAGACCCAGAAGUUGCUAGAACACUCUGGAUUGAACAAGAGGCACUUACAUUGCAUCUCCUUUCUCGUACCACCUCCUGCUGAUGGCACAGAAGAAGUGGCCACAAUCCGGGUGUCCGGAGUCGGAAAUAACAUCAGCUUUGAGGAGAAGAAAAAGGUUCUAAUUCAGAGGCAGGGGAGUGGCACCUUUGUACAGACUGACAAACCCAUCUACACCCCAGGGCAGCAAGUGCAUUUCCGCAUUGUCACCCUGGACAGCAACUUUGUUCCAGUGAAUGACAAGUACUCCAUGGUGGAACUACAGGAUCCAAACAGCAACAGGAUUGCACAGUGGCUGGAAGUGGUGCCCCAGCAAGGCAUUGUGGACCUGUCCUUCCAACUGGCGCCAGAGGCAAUGCUGGGCACCUAUACCGUGGCGGUGGCUGAGGGCAAGACCUUCGGCACUUUCAGUGUGGAGGAAUAUGUGCUGCCGAAGUUUAAGGCGGAAGUGGUGGAACCCAAGGGGUUAUCAACGGUGCAGGAGUCUUUCUUAGUAAAAAUCUGUUGUAGGUACACCUAUGGAAAGCCCAUGCUCGGGGCAGUGCAGGUAUCUGUGUGUCAGAAAGCACAUACUUACUGGUAUCGAGAGGUGGGACGGGAACAGCUGCCUGACAAAUGCAGGAACCUCUCUGGACAGACUGACAAAACAGGAUGCUUUUCAGCACCUGUGGACAUGGCCACCUUUAACCUCACUGGAUAUGCGUACAGCCAUGAAAUCAAUAUUGUGGCUACUGUGGUGGAGGAAGGGACAGGCGUGGAGGCCAAUGCCACUCAGAAUGUCUACAUUUCUCCAGAAAUGGGAUCAAUGACCUUUGAAGACACCAACAAUUUUUACCACCCCAAUUUCCCUUUCAGUGGGAAGAUAAGCGUUAGGGGCCAUGAUGACUCCCUCCUCAAGAACCAUCCAGUGUUUCUGGUGAUUUAUGGCACAAAUGGCGUCUUCAACCAGACCCUGGUUACUGACAAUGAUGGCCUGGCUCCCUUCACACUGGGUACAUCCAGUUGGAAUGGGACGGACGUUUCUCUGGAGUUAAUAGGGAAAGGAAAUUUGGUGAUGGAGGGGCAGAAACACCUGAACCCUAAGAAGAAAGGACUGAAAGGCUCCUUCUCUCUCUCACUGACCUUCACUUCCAGACUAGCCCCUGAUCCUUCCCUGGUGAUCUAUGCCAUUUUCCCCAGUGGAGGUGUUGUAGCUGACAAAAUUCAGUUCUCAGUCGAGAUGUGCUUUGACAAUCAGGUUUCCGUCGGCUUCUCCCCCUCCCAGCAGCUUCCAGGAGCAGAAGUGGAGUUACAGCUGCAGGCAGCUCCCGGGUCCCUGUGUGCACUCCGGGCGGUGGAUGAGAGUGUCCUGCUGCUUAGGCCAGAGAGAGAGCUGAGCAACCGCUCUGUCUACGGGAUGUUUCCAUUCUGGUAUGGUCGCUACCCCUAUCAAGUGGCUGAAUACGAUAUGUGUCCAGCAUCUGGCCCGUGGGACUUUCCUCAGCCCCUCAUUGACCCCGUGCCCCAAGGGCAUUUGAGUGCGGCUGUCUGGAGGCCCUGGCUCUCAGAAGGCUCAGACCUUUUCAGCAUUUUCCAGGACGUGGGCCUUAAAAUACUGUCCAAUGCCAAAAUCAAGAAGCCAGUAGAUUGCAGUCACCCAUCUCCAAAUUACGGCCCUCCCAUGGCCAGAGUUCUUUCAGGAGCUGGUGAUAAUCCACAGGCUUUUGAGUCAUCAUCUUCUUCACAUGGAGCAGAGGAUUCUCAGGUCCGCCAGUACUUCCCGGAGACCUGGCUCUGGGAUUUGUUUCCCAUUGGUAACGCCGGGAAGGAGGCGGUCCAUGUCACAGUUCCUGACACCAUCACUGAGUGGAAGGCGAUUAGCUUCUGCACUUCUCAGUCAAGAGGCUUCGGGCUUUCACCCACUAUUGGACUAACUGCUUUCAAGCCAUUCUUUGUUGACCUGACUCUCCCAUACUCAGUAGUCCGUGGGGAAUCCUUUCGUCUUACUGCCACCAUCUUCAAUUACCUAAAGGACUGCAUCAGGGUUCAGACUGACUUGGCUAAAUCGCAUGAGUACCAGCUAGAAUCACGGGCAGAUUCUCAGACUUCCAGUUGUCUCUGUGCUGAUGAAGCAAAAACCUAUCACUGGAACAUCACGGCUGUCAAAUUGGGUCACAUUAACUUUACUGUUAGUACUAAGAUUCUGGACAGCAAUGAACCCUGUGGUGGCCAGAAGGGCUUUGUUCCCCAAAAGGGCCAGAGUGACAUGCUCAUCAAGCCAGUUCUCGUCAAACCUGAGGGAGUCCUGGUGGAGAAGACACGCAGCUCACUGCUGUGCCCAAAAGGAAAGGUGGUAUCUGAAUCUGUCUCCCUGGAGGUCCCGGCCGGUGUUGUUCCUGACUCGACCAAGGCUUAUGUUACUGUUCUGGGAGACAUUAUGGGCACAGCCCUGCAGAACCUGGAUGGUCUGGUGCAGAUGCCCAGUGGCUGCGGCGAGCAGAACAUGGUCUUGUUCGCUCCCAUCAUCUAUGUCUUGCAGUACCUGGAGAAGGCGGGACUGCUGACUGAGGAAAUCAAGUCUCGGGCAGUGGGUUUCCUGGAGAUAGGGUACCAGAAGGAGCUGACGUACAAACACAGCAAUGGCUCCUACAGUGCCUUUGGGGAGCAGGAUGGAGAUGGGAACACAUGGCUGACAGCCUUUGUCACAAAAUGCUUUGGCCAAGCUCAGAAAUUCAUCUUCAUUGAUCCCAAGAAUAUCCAGGAUGCUCUCAAGUGGAUGGCAGGACACCAGCUUCCCAGCGGCUGCUAUGCCAACGUGGGCAAGCUCCUUCACACAGCCAUGAAGGGUGGUGUUGAUGAUGAAGUUUCCUUGACCGCAUAUGUCAUGGCUGCAUUGCUGGAGAUGGGAAAGGCCGUAGAUGACCCAAUGGUGAGUCAGGGUCUACAGUGUCUCAGGAAUUCAGUCACCUCCACCAGCAACCUCUACACGCAGGCCCAGCUGGCUUACAUCUUCUCCCUGGCUGGGGAAAUGGACAUGAGAAGCACCCUCCUAAAGCAGUUGGAUCAAAAGGCUAUCAUCUCAGGAGAAUCCAUUCACUGGAGCCAGAAAUCUACUCCGUCACUGAAUGCCAGCCCUUGGUCUGAGCCCGCGUCCCUAGAUGUGGAACUCACAGCAUACGUAUUGUUGGCUCAACUCACCAAGCCCAACCUGACUCAAAAGGAGAUAGCCAAGGCCACUAACAUAGUGGCUUGGUUGGCCAAGCAACGCAAUGCAUAUGGAGGCUUCUCUUCUACCCAGGACACUGUAGUUGCUCUCCAAGCUCUUGCCAAAUAUGCCACUACUGCCUACAUGCCAUCUGAGGAUGUCAGCCUGGCUGUAAAAUCCACUGAGAAUUUCCAGCGCACAUUCAAUAUACAUUCAGCCAAUAGAUUGGUAUUUCAGCAGGAGACUCUGCCCAACGUCCCUGGAAUGUACACGCUGGAGGCCUCAGGCCAGGGCUGUGUCUAUGCACAGAUUGCUCAGAGUGUAAUUUUCAUUUUAGUUCUAAGGUACCGUUUCAUCUGUCUUCCCCUUACUGUCUUACAGCUCAGUAAGAACACUCAGACUUAUACCUUCACCAUCAGCCAAAACGUGUUCGUCACCAACUUGAAACCAGCAGCCAUCAAGGUCUAUGACUACUACCUACCAGAUGAGCAGGCAACAAUUCAGUAUUCUGAUCCCUGUGAAUGAGGUAAGUCCAGGGAGUUAUGAGUUAGAGUGAAGUUAUGGGUUAGAGUGGCAGAAGUUAAGAGGACCCUUGUUUGACUUAUUGUUAUUGUCUUCUUUUUCUUUUAUUUAUUUA